AUGAGAAUAAUUUUAUCGUUUCUGACACUUUUCUUUGUAAAUGCAUAGAAUUAAUAUUGCAAUGUACAUAAUAAAGGAGUCAAUUCAGGAUUGGCUAAUUAACUUGCUCACUCACUUAAUUAAAUCAGAAAUCAAGUUGCAACUGGUUAAAUUAGCUUUGAAGGAUCUUAAUCAGCUUCUAAUAUGAAUGUUAUACAUUGGAGUAAUGGCUAUGCAAAAAUGGCAUAAACAUGUGUUGAGAAAUGUCCACUUAAAGCUUCCACUUGUGGUUAAGUAUUACUAUAUUUAAUUAAUAGUUUUAAAAUUAUGGAGUACUCUUUUUUAAGAGACACUUAAAUCAAUAAAUGAGAACUAAUUAAGUUAUGGAAAAAUGGUUUAAAGAACCUGAAAAUGCUAAAUAAUUACUCACAGCCAGAUCUAGUGCAUUUGGAUGUGGAAAGGCUGAAGAUAAUGCCUCAGAAUAUAUCGUCUGUUAUUUUGAUGAAGUAUAUAAAUAAAUUUUAAAUCUUUAUAGAAAUAUACAGGUGCUAAAUAAGCAUUUUUAGCAGGACCUGUUGGAGCUAGUUGUAAAUUAGGUCGUUCUAAAAUGUAUAGUGGUCUUUGUGCAACAGCUUCAUCAUAGACUUUGAUUCAUUAAUCUUCACAUGUUAAGAAUAAAUAAUAAAAGAAAUAGAAGAAAUAGAAGAAAUAAAAGACCCAUAAAAAUAAGAAAAAUACAGAAAUGGAUGUAGCUCUUAUUUCUAUGACAGAUUUUAAAGAAUUUGUUUGAU